UUAAAUGUGACUUCAUCGUGAACAUGACAUCUGAUAAAUCAGUAGAUCCCAAUAUCCAAUACAAAGAACUUCAAGGAGUAAGCUUUGACAAUUUCCAGGUGAAAAUUAGAAAUACAACUUCGAAAAUUGAACUAAACAAGACAGUGUCAGCAAUACAUAUGAAAACAGCAGCUUACUUUAGUAAAGCGUGCACUUGUUCAACAUAUACAGCGUGCCAGGAUAAUGGUUCGCAGAUUAUUUGCAGCCAUAAAUGCGAUGUCAAUAAUAUAUGCUCAAAAUUUGGCGAUUGUUACGUGGACAAAAAGGGGACGGUCAAAUGCAGAUGCCGAGAGGAUUCCUAUUAUGUGUAUAAAGGUGACACAUGCGAGGAAAAGGUACUGGUUUUCUUCAACGGUAAGAACACUGCCAUCGUAGGCGCAUGUGCAGGGGUUGUCGUCGCCUUUCUUCUCCUACUUUUCAUCUACAUAGGCGCUAGAUGGAGACAUAAACGAACGAGAAAAGGAACGGAUGAGAAACUGUCAGAUCCUCGGGAGAUACAGCGGGAUAAUUACAACAUCGAGAACGUGCCGUUGGAUGGUGUAGGGAAGACUAACCCGGCGUAUCGGCCUGACCAAAAUGACCGUCACGGACAUGAUGACCAUUACCCUGCUGAUCAACCAACCACGGAAAAUGUGUACGAGGAAGAACUAGCUUAUGACGAGGGAAGGUACUAUAGAGUACUCAACGACCCCGAAAGUAGGUCAAAGGCAUUUGUGUAUCAGCCAACCAACAUGUCCAUCCCAGACCACAGAACAAGUACAGCAUCCAAGUUUGAUGAUCUGGAUUCCAAGCCGCCAUCUUUCUACAUGCGACCAGAGAUAGAACAACGGCGUUACCAUGAAUUUAUGGAUACUGAGCAUCCGUAUUCGAUCAAACGCCCACAAAUCAUGCGAAGCAAUGUUAACUCAGACGGAUAUCGGUAAAGCAGGUGGAUAUAUCUGAAAACAAUGUAAACUUGUUCAAGACCGCCUUUGAAUUGACCAUUUUCAAUGGAGACGCAUAUAGAAUGCCAAGGUUCGAACGACAUGUCCAACUUAAGGAAUGUACUUUACAUUGUUCCACCUACAAUACCUGUUGUAUAAGAGAAUACAAACUUCUUGUAAUAAGCGCGAACAUAAUUUAGCAGAAUGACUAUACGGCAAAAAUAAAGCUGCCGCUGAAAUAAGACUGUUUGCAGUACCUGUAUACUGCGUAAAAAUAUAAUGCUUUAUUGAACUUUUGCCUGAUAUUUAAGUUAGAUGAGAAAUUAAAACUUCAGGCAAAUAUUUGAAUUAGUGAUUUUGACGAUACUAUUGCGGUAUUUUAGGUGAUUAUUUUUGGAAAUAACAUCGGAAGUUAUUAGCUUGCAAACUAUAGUUUUCACCCGUAAU